AGGCUCCAGCGCGCAGGCGCCGCCGAGCCCUGCCUGGAUGCUCAGUCAAGGCACUAAGGCAAAAAAAAAAAAAAAAAAUCAGCAAUUUAAAGAAAGAAGAAGCUAUAGUCUGUCGGGAUAUCCAACACCAACAGUACAUUCAGACAAUGCAUCUUCAGUAGGGCUUAUUGAGAGCUUCAUUUCUGGAAAGCGUUGCAAGACUGAGGAAUAUCAGACUGCGAAUCACCGGGAACAGUUCCCUUGCAGCACAGAAGCAAUCUCUCUCCCCAUCUUCGCAUAUUCCGAUGGCAAAUCAACUGGAAGAAACGAGGAAGCAUGACUGCAGAUCGGAUCAGUUCUCUUUGUGGAUUACAUUUCCAGUAAAAUGUAUGGAUCUAUCUUUUCCUUGUUCUUAUAUCUAGAUCAUGAGACUUGACUGAGGCUGUAUCUUUAUCCUCCAUCCAUCUAUGGCGAACUAUAGCCAUGCAGCCGACAACAUUUUGCAAAAUCUUUCUCCUCUGACAGCCUUUCUGAAACUGACUUCCUUGGGUUUCAUAAUAGGAGUCAGCGUUGUGGGCAACCUUCUGAUCUCCAUUUUGCUAGUGAAAGAUAAGACUUUGCAUAGAGCACCUUACUACUUCCUGUUGGAUCUUUGCUGUUCAGAUAUCCUCAGAUCUGCAAUUUGUUUCCCAUUUGUAUUCAACUCUGUCAAAAAUGGCUCUACCUGGACUUAUGGGACUCUGACUUGCAAAGUGAUUGCCUUUCUGGGGGUUUUGUCCUGUUUCCACACUGCUUUCAUGCUCUUCUGCAUCAGUGUCACCAGAUACUUAGCUAUCGCCCAUCACCGCUUCUAUACAAAGAGGCUGACCUUUUGGACGUGUCUGGCUGUGAUCUGCAUGGUGUGGACUCUGUCUGUGGCCAUGGCCUUCCCCCCAGUUUUAGAUGUGGGCACUUACUCCUUCAUUAGGGAGGAAGAUCAAUGCACCUUCCAACACCGCUCCUUCAGGGCUAAUGAUUCCCUAGGAUUUAUGCUGCUCCUUGCUCUCAUCCUCCUAGCCACACAGCUUGUCUACCUCAAGCUGAUAUUUUUUGUCCACGACCGAAGGAAAAUGAAGCCAGUCCAGUUUGUAGCAGCAGUCAGCCAGAACUGGACUUUUCAUGGCCCCGGAGCCAGUGGCCAGGCAGCUGCCAAUUGGCUAGCAGGAUUUGGAAGGGGUCCCACACCACCCACUUUGCUGGGCAUCAGGCAAAAUGCAAACACCACGGGCAGAAGAAGGCUAUUGGUCUUAGAUGAGUUCAAAAUGGAGAAAAGAAUCAGCAGAAUGUUCUAUAUCAUGACUUUCCUCUUCCUAACCUUGUGGGGCCCCUAUCUGGUGGCCUGUUAUUGGAGAGUUUUUGCAAGAGGGCCUGUAGUACCAGGGGGAUUUCUAACAGCUGCUGUCUGGAUGAGUUUUGCCCAAGCAGGAAUCAAUCCUUUUGUCUGCAUUUUCUCCAACAGGGAGCUGAGGCGCUGUUUCAGCACAACCCUUCUUUACUGCAGAAAAUCCAGGUUACCAAGGGAACCUUACUGUGUUAUAUGAAGGAGCAUCUGUAAAUCUUUAGCCUUGUGAAACACUAACCUUCUCUGCUAAGCGAUUGUGGCCUGUAGCCAUAUCUUGAGAAGAAAAUCAAGAAUGGGAUCAGAGGUUAUAAGGAUUUGGGCAACAUUCUGCAGUCUUUGCAAUAGUUCACCUAUAAUCCUAUUUUAAAUCUCAGAGUGAUCCUGCUGAUGGCCGGCGAAGGUUUGUAAUUAAGAAAGGACUGAACCACUGCCCUAAGUUUCUUUAUGUGGUUGAAAACUAGAUAAUGAAAGUAGCAGGUGCUAAGUAUCAGUGCUAAAUGCUGUGUAUAUCACUACUUACGACAAAACAUCAAAAAACAAUUAGCAUUGGACAUCUUAAUAAAUUAAGUUGACAUGAGGUAAAUGUGUUGAUAAAAACUAAUUUUAGAAGUUUGAAGACUUUAAAACAUUUCAUACAAUUAUUGUUUUGCAAAGACUGAAAUAUUUGGGAACUUAAAGUACUGUAAUCCACUAAAGACGUGCCAUGAAUUAUUGGAUUAUCACACUUUUAAAAAAUCGCCUUGUAAGGUUUUGGGAGCAUUCCAAAGCAGUAUAUUGGUUCCAAUUAGAGUUUACUUUUCUUUUUUUAUUAAUACAUUACUAUUUCUAAAUACCACUUUCCUUACCUACUAGUGAAAUUGCUAGCAUUGAGCUGUAUUAUGUGAUUUUUGUUGAUUUGGUAUAAAGUUUUUCCGAUUCAUUUAUAUUUUAUGAAUGCUAGAUAUUGGUCUGGGAGGCAACAUUAAUGGUACAACUGGUCACAAUCGAGCAGUUCUAAUAAUGCAGAAUAAACACAUGUUGCCUUAAGGGUUAUCUAGUAUCUUUCAUCUUAUUUAGAAUUGGAGAAUGUAGUCAAGGGAAAUGGAAUCGGUAACUGGUCAUGGGCAUACAUCUGGAAGUGCAUGGACGAUCAUUUAAAACUUUUUCCUUUUUCCUCACAUGGUUUGAAAAUUAAGGUGCACAUCACUGGGAUGAGCUUUUCUUCUGAGGUGUGCUACCCAUUCUAGUGGGUUCUAAGAAGCAGGCAGUUGAUGUAUGUUUAUAUUUUAAAUCAGCUGUCAAGGGGAGACCACAGCCUUAGUAUGACAUCCUGCACAAUUUGUGAAGCAUUUAUUCUACCGAAGGCACAGUCUUUGUUUAUACUUUCUGCACAUUUAGUGUAUUGGUCGUUUAAAUUAUUUCAGUUUUAACUUGUGAAAGCUUAUAAUAUUAUUUCUGGUAUUUUAGAAAUACAUUAGAGUCUGUGAGUCUCAUUCUUUAAGAUACAGAUGUGUGAAUUUCAAUAUAAAGUUGCAUUUGCCAAAAUUUACCCGUGU